AUGAGUAAGCAACAGUUGCCUGAGAACACUAAUCCCAGCGGUGGGGUGAACAAUGGUCCCAACAUUCAGGCUAUUCCGGUUGUAGUUCAGCCAGAGUGUCCGAAUAUUGCCAUAAAUGUGGUAGUUGACCCAGUCAAUGGGCAGCCAGCAAGCGUCAACUAUGUUGAGUGGUGGGUCCCAUCGGAGCCGCAGUAUGUGGAUCCGAAUGCACCUGUUGUACAUUCGUUUAUGUUUUGGCGUCAACCCGACGGCAGCUAUGACAUGAUCACGCUGGAGGAACCGUUUACCGAGCAGGAAAUAGCCGUGCGGGAAAUUCUCAUGGAGGAUGGGCCGCUAAUUGUGUUAACCGGCUCGAAUGGUGAAAUCUAUUACAAUCCCGAGGAUACGGUCACCCUGGAUAUCGAUGAUGAUGCUCGUGUGUUCCUUAUAGAUCCUGGUGACAGUGUAGGUUCCUAUGUGAACGUAGAAGGUAAUCAAGGGGGUGAGACAUUGAAUGUAUUGCAGGAAUGCUGUGGACAGGUUAUUGAUCAAAUGGUUGGAAUAGAGCAGACUGCACCUCUCACCAAUGGUGCUGUGUCGACAGCUAAUCCCAAUAAUGUCCAGACCCAAAACGUACAAGGUGCGGCGGAGAACAGUUCAGAUGACGAUAAUCCCUUGGAAGUGGUCAAUCGUAGUCCGGAGAACAAGAAGCGUUGCUAUGGCUUGAACCGUAACUUUCGUUACCCAUAAAAUAGUCGAUUAAUUCCAUGUUCAAUGUUAUCUGAAGAAAAUGACGUGACAAAAUAAUUU